AUGAGCAAAUGUCCGUCCAAACUCAAACCUUUGACCGUGCUAGAACUACAAGAAGCUAGCAGAAUGUGGUUGCAUAGCUGCCAGUCAACAUAUUACGAAGCCGAAAUUACAAACCUUAAGACCAACGAGAAACGUCUCACACUCGUGAAACAGUUACGAUUAUUCCUUGACGAAGAUGGAUACAUUCGCUGCGGUGGGAGAAUCCACAAUGCACCACUGACAGAAUUAACGAAAUUCCCGUACCUACUCCCGAACAAACACCCCCUGACGCGUUUGAUAGUUUUAGACGCGCAUGAGACCCAGCUACACGCCUGCACGAGUGCCUUGAUCACACAUUUAAGACAAAGAUACUGGAUACCUGCUCUCAGACAGUACGUCCAGAGCCUUCAGCGAAAGUGUACCCAGUGUCGAAAGGUUACAGGAAGACCGUAUGCAGCCCCAGAUCCCCCGCCCCUACCUAAGAUGAGAGUUCAAGACGCACCCCCUUUUACAGUAACUGGAGUCGAUUUCACGGGGGCGCUUUAUGUUAGAAACAGAAACAAUGCUGAGAAGAAAGCCUACAUUUGCCUCUUCACGUGCGCUUCUACACGAGCUGUUCAUCUCGAGGUGGUACCAGAUUUAUCUGAAGAAUCUUUCAUCCGGGCUUUCAGACGAUUUACCUGCCGAAAUUCACUACCCCGUAUCCUGGCAUCUGACAAUGCAACUACCUUUAACGCAGCAGCCAACAGCAUUCAGCUAUUAUUGAGAUCAGCGACUAUCCAAGAUACUUUCCAUAGCCAAGGCACCGAGUGGAGAUUCAUACCUAAGCGAGCACCAUGGUUCGGUGGAUGGUGGGAACGGAUGAUUGGACUAAUGAAAACCACCAUUAAAAAGGUACUAGGUCGUGCAUUUAUCAGCUACGAAAGCUUACGUACGAUCGUUACAGAGAUAGAGGGAGUCAUGAAUGACCGACCGCUUACCUACGUCACAACUGAUGCAGCAGAUCCGGAUCCACUUACGCCAGCGCACCUGCUCUACGGACGUCGUAUUACAUCCCUUCCACAUCUAGAAGAAGUUCCUGCACCCAAACCCUCUACACAAACGGACAUAUCCAAACGUGCAAGGAUACUGAAACAACUGAUCGGCAACUUCCGUGAACGAUGGCGACAUGAAUACCUGACGUCAUUACGCCAAUACCACCGGACGACAGGAAACAACACACAGACUAUAAAGGUUGGCGAUGUGGUGCAGAUAUACGAUGACUCACCAAGGACUCAUUGA